AUGUCUUCUGCGACUGUUCGAGAGAACGCCCGGUACGAAAUUAACGAUGACGGUGUUGCCAUACUGCGUAUGGAUUGUGCAAACUCGAAGUACAAUCUCGCUAGCCUAGGCUUGAUGACGGAUAUUAAACAGUGUUUUGAAGAAUUAAAAGAAAAUCCUCAAGUCAAAAGUAUUGUUCUAAUUUCUAGUAAAGUGGACAAUUUCAUCUCUGGAGCUGACAUAAAUACCUUCUUGAGUAUUAAUUCUGAAGAGCUAACACAGAUGUGUCGUAAUGUUCAAGAAGUUUAUAAUGAUAUCGAGAAUAUGCCAAAACCUGUUAUUGCAGCUAUUCAAGGACCCUGCUUAGGAGGAGGUUGCGAGCUGUCACUAAGUUGUCAUUAUCGUAUCGCUUCUACUCUGGACAAAACUGCGAUUGGCUUGCCGGAAGUGCAGCUUGGCGUACUUCCUGCUGCUGGAGGCACACAGAGAUUGCCAAGACUGAUAAAUUUGCCCAAUGCCCUUGAUUUGCUGUUGACCGGAAAACAAUUAAAGGCCAAACAAGCAAAAAAACUUGGUGUCGUUGAUGCAUUAGUGGAAAAAAUCGGUGACGGUGUUGUGAAUUCGGCCCAAGGUACAUUAGACUUAUUAGAAAAAGCUGCAGUAGAGGCUGCAAAAAAUAUCGCUAAUGGAACCCUAAAAAUCAAUAGAGAACACCCCUGGACUAGUAUGAAAGGAUUAACUUAUAAUCUCACUACUUUUAACCCAUAUGUAAGAAACUUUGUCUUAAAUAGAGCAAGACAAACCGUUAUGAAAAAGACCAAAGGUUUAUACCCGUCACCUCUAAGAAUUUUAGAUGUGGUUAAGACUGGCUUAGAAAAGGGAAAGGAAGAAGGAAUGCUACAAGAAGCGAUAAAUUUUGGAGAAAUCGGGAAAGGUAGCGUUGCUGAGUCCUUAAUUGGUCUAUUUUUUGGACAGACCAAAUGCAAGAGAAAUCCUAUUGGUGAACCAAGCCGUGAAGUCAAAAAAGUUGCAGUUCUAGGUGCUGGCUUAAUGGGCUCUGGGAUUGCCCAGGUUAGCGUUGCAAGAGGAUAUGAUGUAGUUAUGAAAGACAAUGCUGCAGCCGCUCUAGCGUCCGGUCAGCAUGCUGUAUACAAGGCUAUUAAUGGUCGUGCGAAAAAGCGAAGAAUUACAAACUUUGAAAAAAAUCUUAUACUAUCACGUCUUACUGGACAAUUAGACUAUUCGAAAUUUAAUGACGCUGAUAUCGUGAUUGAAGCAGUUCUGGAAGAUUUGGAUGUCAAACACCAAGUUAUCAGAGAAGUAGAGGAAGUUGUUCCAGAGCAUUGCGUUAUAGCAUCGAAUACCUCCUCGAUACCUAUAGCUGACAUUGCGAAAGGCAGUAAACGCCCCUCUCAAGUCGUUGGAAUGCACUAUUUCUCUCCGGUGGACAAGAUGCCAUUACUAGAAAUUAUUGAAACACCACAAACGUCUAAGGAAGCUUUGGCUGCUGCAGUAUCGGUGGGAUUGAAACAGGGUAAAGUGGUAAUUGUUGUGAAGGACGGAUUGGGCUUUUAUACAACCAGAUGUCUGAUGGCCUUGAUGGCAGAAUCGUUAAUAAUAUUAUUGGAAGGCGUAGAUCCAAAGGGAUUCGAUAGUGCUGUUCAAAAAUUCGGUUUUCCAGUUGGGUUCGCGACUUUGCUAGACGAAGUUGGCAUUGACGUUGCAGCACAUAUUUCUGAUGUCGUUGGAAGUAAAUUCGGAGCUAGAAUUGAUGCAAGAGAUAUGACCGUAUUGAAAGAGCUAGUUUCCAAUGGUAUUAAAGGAAGGAAGAGUGGUCAAGGCAUAUAUAUGUAUGGAUCUGGAAAGAGUAAGAAGAAAGAGAUAAACAAAGAAGCUAUGGAAAUUAUAAAAAGAUAUACCGUUUCAGCUAAAGGAAGUCAUGAUAAUGAAGAAAUAAUAUCUCGCGUUUUUACGAAACUUGUAAACGAGGCAGCCUUUUCUUUACAGGAAGGGAUAAUUCGCGAUCCUGUUGAUGGAGAUAUUGGAUUUGUCUUUGGUAUCGGAUUUCCUCCGCACUUAGGAGGACCUUUCCGUUAUUUGGAUGCAAUUGGUGUCGAUAAGUUUGUUAAUCAAAUGGAAAAAUUACGAGAGAUACAUGGAGAACGCUUCGAGAUUGCUCCAAUGUUGUAUGAUUAUGCUAAGGACCCUAGUAAAAAAUUUCAUAGUAAACAAUAA